AUGAAUGUCAAAGAGGGGGCGAGCGAACCAUGUCGGCUUCGGGCCCCAUCAGCAACUACUUCGUGGACUCGCUGCUGGGCCCGGACUCCGAGGAUCUGCUCGCCCCGCGCUUCGCCGGGCCCGGCUCCGCUCGCCCCGCUCCGCUGCUCCCCGACUGCUCCGACUUCCCCUCGUGCAGCUUCGCCCCCAAACCCGCCGUGUUCGCCGCCUCGUGGGCCCCGGUGCCCCCGCAGCCCUCGGUGGGCUACCCGCACCCUCACGGCGCCGCUCACUACGGGCCGCAGGCGGCCGAGCCCAGGUACGUGCGGACCUGGCUGGAGCCGCUGGCCGGGGCCGUUUCCUUCCCCCCGUUCGGGCCGCGGCCCUACGGCCUCAAGGACGCGUUCGGGGCCCGGCGUGGCGAGUGCGGGCCCGCGGACGGGCGAGCGGGCUACCCCGAGCUGGUGUACGCGGCCCCGGGCGAGCGAGCGGCGAGCGGCGGCGGGGCGGGCUCGCCCGAGCCCGAGGCCAUCGGCGGCGGAAAACACAAAGAGGAGAAGCUGGAAUUAGACCCCAACAACCCCGUGGCCAAUUGGAUCCACGCGCGCUCCACGAGGAAGAAACGCUGCCCUUACACAAAAUAUCAGACCCUGGAACUGGAAAAGGAGUUUUUGUUCAAUAUGUACCUGACGCGGGACCGCAGGUACGAAGUGGCGCGGGUGCUGAACCUCACCGAGCGCCAGGUCAAAAUCUGGUUUCAGAACAGGCGCAUGAAAAUGAAGAAAAUGAAUAAAGAGAAAAGCGAUAAGGAGCAGCAAUGA